UCAGUUGUGGUACCUCGCAAUUUUCGCUUGCUUGAGGAACUGGAGGAAGGACAGAAAGGCGGUGAUGGAACUGUUAGCUGGGGCUUAGCAGACGAUGAUGACAUGGACUUGAAGCACUGGACUGGAAUGAUUAUUGGUCCUCAAAGAGUAAGUAGUAAAGACUUGGAUUGAAAGAGUCAAUCAUUGAUACUAUUGACGAUGCAUUAUGGUCUAUCCUGUCUAAUGUCACUUGUAGAUUUUUUUUUCACAAAGCUGCAGUGGAUUUGUUGGAUAUUUCCUCAGUCUUCGAACUGUAGAAUCAGUUCAGCGCUGAUUUGUGAUACCCGGAAUGCUUAUUUCUCCAGUUAAUUGUUACAUAUGCUGUGUGUUAUUAGAGUGAAAAUGUGACUUUUUUUUUAAUUGUUCCUGCAUAUUUGUAGGCAACCAAGCAAUGUAGUUGUUUGGUUGUCAACAAAUUGUUUACAGGUGUACAUUGCAAACCCUCCAUUCAAUAUGUCCUUUCACUUUUGCUGAAGAAAAAUCAAACUUGCUAUUACACACUGACGGUUUGUUUCCACGCAAUGGCAUGUAAUAAAUUUAUUAUUUUUUAUCUAUAGAUAAUAUUAUACAUGAAAAAAUUACUCAAUUCUGAUGGGCUGAGAAAGGAGUGCAGUUCUUCUGUAACACAAGUGCAAAUUACAAAUGGUUUCUGAUUGGCUGAAAACACAAAAGAAACCACCAAGAACCAAUCAGAUUAGAGCUGUUUUCACAACAAAAUUCAAGAAAAUGGCCAUGGUUUUCAGCAGACGACGACGGAAUUUAAUUAUUUAUGCGAAACAACCAUAGAAAAGUUAAAAAAUAUUCCAAAAACUUGAACACAGUAAAAAGUAUGCAUCUUUCUGGCUAAAUGUGUUGAAAAUACGGAGCUAGGACAAAAAUACUGUCAACAAAAUCGAGGAAAAUGAGCCAGAGAAACUAAAAAACAAGCUACUUGUAACAGACUACACUAAAGCAAAAAACUAAAAAACAAAAACGGUUGCAACCACAUUGCAAACCAUGACAGCUACACUUUUCAGCCAUUUAAAUGAACAAGGAUACAAGUUUUCCAUGGUAACAACAGGGAUUUCAAGUCACGUACGUUAUUUGAUGGAGGAGAAAGGUGUCUGGUUGCUCUCUUUGAGUCUUUUGUGGAGCAAAGACCUCUAUGAAAACAUCCAAGCGAUGGUCUGUUUGUUUCUACCUCACUCGCAAACGAAACCAAAAAUUUAAACAUCUGGUCCACACUAAACCAAUGGGCGAAAAUACCAUAACUAACAUAAUGAAAGUAUCCGUAGCUGGUACUAGCCUUAAAGAAAGUGAGAAAAAAGUUUAUGAAUCAUUGUGCAAGAAAAACAACAGUCAGGAAGCUGAAGAAAGCAAAGAUUGUAAGUUCAGAACAUAUCGCCAAUGUCACCAGCCACAGAGGUAGAAAUUUCCUUAAUGACUAUGAUGAAGCCGACGAAGAAGAGCUACGAUGACUCUUGCAGUAGGCCAAAUGAAAUAAUGAAAACCCCAGCGCUGAGAAAAAGCAAAUAUUAUAUUAAUAGUGGUAGUUUCCGACAUCACAACAACUGUGGCUCCACUCACCUGUAGAUGGCGAUGGCAGCGUUGGAAGAAAACAAAUUGCCUCCUUCAUUUUCUGCUUUUAAAUCUCAAAACUUUCUCUAUGAAUCCAGCCAUGAUGAGGUCUCAGGAACAGACAAUGAUGAACAGUCGUUAAAAAACCUUAGUGAGUGUCUUCCAUUUUUCGCUGCUCGAAGCGUUCUCAGCAGUACAGUUUCUUGUAAAUGCCGAGCUCUCAUAAUCAAGGAUGAAUUUAAAAACACUUACUUUUCCUGAUUAUUGUAAACCGAAUUGUCUUUAACAGGCUGGUGACCACAUAAAAUCAAUCCUUGCACAUUUCCAAGUUUUAAGCUGAAUGAUUUUGAAAGCGUUGGUCUUGAAAAAGUUUGAAUUUGACAAAGGUAGUUGUCUGUUUCAGCCAAUCAGUUGAAUGAACUAGAAAUGUCCACGCUGUCAAUAUUUGUUCUUGUAGUUAUGUUAACUAACUAACUACUAGAACAAAUAUUGACAGCACGGACAUUUCUAGUUCAUUCAACUGAUUGGCUGUGUGUAUACCUCGUUUUUUAAGCCAAUAAGCCAAAAAAAUGCACUUCACAUGUAUUAUGUUUUACACUGAAACUGUAAAAUGAUCUGACUACAAAAUGGAUCAAUCUGGCUUGGAAUGAUUUGACUUUUGAACAAAGUGACCAUAAACCAAAUUUUCCAUUUGUGUGAGAAGUGAUACUGAACCUUUUUUUUUUACCCUUUCCACCACCUCUCCCAACCACUCCUCUCAGGGUGCAAAGAAAGUCUUGUUUUCAGUUUGUGCUAAUUAUUGAUUGCUGUUUAUUGAUUCAUUGUAAUAAUAAGACAAAUAAUUUCAUUCAUCAGAACAGCUUCGAUGGCUGCUUUCAAUCCAUAUGAAUUCAUUAGGAAUUUAAACAAUUUUUUUUUCCUUUAGCACUUAUCUUAAGCCCUAGAGGCUUAACAUGUCCUUUGGGUAGGCAUUUGUACAUUAUGCUUGCAUUUUUUUGAGUAUUUUAGUGAAGCAAAAGCAUAAAGCAUUAAGAGAAAAUAAAAAUAAGGUUUAAUUGUUCCCAGAAAUUUUUUUUUCAGAGAAAAAGGAAGACAAACUAGAAAAAACUUGAAAUUCAAAGUGUGGAGACUGGAGAAAAGUUAAUUUUGCCGUUUAAGAUGCGAUAAACGUGUUUUUAUACUACAUGUAUGUGUAUCAAUUGAGUAGGGAUAGCACCUGCGCAAAUUGCAUUAACGUUUUCCCUCUUUUCAACAGCAUGUGAUUAAACUGACUGAGUUCAUUUAGCCUAAGGCAUCUGCUAAGACAUGACGGCAAAUAAUACUACUGAAUCAUGAAGCCAACAUCAACUGCCGGACAGCGGAUAAGCUCUCGUUAUCAGCUAAAUAGCUCUAAAUGUUACUCUGUUACCGGACUCUGUAUGACAAGCAUUAUCGGGGCAUCUUAGCGACUUUUGUGGGGCUGAACGAGCAUUUUAGUGGGAAAAAUGGAGCAUUAAGGUGGAGCAUUUUAGUGGAAAACAAAAGCAUAAUGUGCAAAAGCCUACCAUUGGACCAGUUAAAAACAGAACUCACUUGCCCGAUCACAAAAUCCACUAGUCUUGAGCUAUCAGACAAGACCUUUCUUGCCUGCUGCACCUUUGUAAAUAUCAUUUCAAAACAAAUCCUAAGAACUUGUUGUACAUGUAGUGGGCUACUUUGACACUAACCUGAGAUCAGGCCCAAUUAGAGCGGUUCUCAUACAUUCUCUCUAACGGCUACCGCUGAAAUUGGGCCUGAUACAAACUAUUACAAGUUUGCGCUCGUUACGGCCAGAUUUUGGCCGUAAUGCUAAUUUGCUGUUAUAACAAUGCCACAAGAUCUGAUUGGCUGUCGAAAACGCCGGAAGUUGAAAGCGCUUAUUCCUCGCGUGGUUUUUUUCGUGAAUGAUCCGUCGUUGGUGGAGAGAAGGAUCGAUUUUGCUGUCUUUUUUAUUGUUUUAUGGUCUUAUGGUAGGAAGACAUGCCUUAAUAUGUGCCAUGGAAAUUCAGAAAAUUCAUGUGGUUGUUGAUAUCUUCCCAAGAUUUGCUUUAUUUACGGAAAGUGAGUGUAUCGCGGAGUUGAAUCCCUCUGCAAGUUGUUGACUGCUAACAAGGUGCAUUUUGAUUUACCAACAAACGGGUGCAAAUCAAAAUACUGACCAUCUUAAAACUGGUUUCAUUUCAAAGUUUAGCCGGGAAUGACUUCUCUGAACGGGGUACGCAAGCGGAGGCUCACUGCGAAAGAAACCUCAAUUGCCAACUGUGAAGUAUUAGACGAAAAAUAUCGCAUUGCUGUUCAAGGAAUUUUCAGUGUUCACAGACUGGUUGUUUGACUAUGCUUUUUGUUAAAAGUAAACCAAGAAAACUGGUGUCCUCGCUCAUUGGCUGUUUGCCUUUGUUUUAAAAGAUUUAUGUAUGGGGGAAAUUGCCGAGGAAAAUAUCAAGACAAGGGAAAAAUAGAGAUUUCAGUAUUUUAAAUUCGAGAGCGCCUAGCCAAAAUAAUAAAACUAGUAGAACAUCGUGUCGCUGUCUUUUCAAAAACUUUUUACCUUCUAGGCCAACAGAAGUAACCUUCGAGAUCUCCCUUAAUCUCAUAAGAAGUUAAAUGUGAUUGUGCUGACUGUUUUAUUUUUAGCUGAAAAAAUGAACAGAUAAAGCUAUUUUUUAAGUCAGCCAGUCUGCAUUUUUCCAACGCGUGAAAAAUUUGCAUACUAGAAAAACAAGCAAAUGUCAAAUCAAUCAAAAAAGUGGGCGGCAGACAUUUCGUUAAAGAUUUGUAUCAGGCUCUCUUUUCAUUUCGCCUUGCCCGCCGGAAUGUAAUUUUCAAAGCGAAACGAAAAUAGAGCCUGAUCUCAGGUUACUUUGACACAACAUCUUAUCUCUCUGUUUUACAAUAGUGUUAUACACAUUUUAGUAAAUGCAACCACUGUAGUAUUGGCCAAUCUGCUAUUUAGGUACUUUUGUACUAGUGGAAGUUUAUUUUAUGUGGAACUUACUGCACUUUUCAAUAACAUGGGAACUCCGAGGUUCAAAAGCAAACUGAUGGUCUUGCUCUUCACUUCUGUGAAUGAUCUUAGUGGUCCUCUCAAGCAACAGAACUUUACAAUAAUUUACUUCAACAAGUUGAAAUGUUCAUGGUUUGUGAUCUGCGUUUGGUGGAUUCUGAUCCAAUUUGUGUGUUUUUGUGUUUCAGGGUCUGUUGCUUGUGAUCAUAGACUGAUGGCAGUGAUAAACACAUUAUUGUUAUUGUUUUCUAUGUUCCAUGAUUUGUUUUUUGUUUAAUUCACAGUGCCCAUAUGAAGGACGAAUAUACUCCUUGAAGUUAGAGUGUGGUAAACAAUAUCCUGACCAGCCACCAAAAGUUUCAUUUGUAACAAAAAUUAACUUGUCAGGAGUAACUGCUGCUGGAGAGGUUAGUAAGCAAACAUGAAUUUUUUUAACAUCAUUUUGCACUGGCACUCUGGAGUUGCGUAAUUCCAUGUUUUCCUAUUUUGUUCUGAACCAAGCAAAAAUACGUUUUUAUUUUUUAUUCCUAGCUUGACUCCAGGGUCUUUAAGAUUCUAACUAACUGGAAAAGGGAAUAUUCAAUUAAAACCAUUCUUACAGAGAUUAAGAGGUAAGCUUGUGAUUACCCAUAAACUCCUGCUUCCUAUCCCUGACUAAUACAUUUGUACAUCUUUGUAAGAGGUCUUAGGAGAGCUUGUAAGCGGAGGAGCCUAUAUCUUAGGGGACUUACAACUGGAAAAGUAAAAGUCUUCAAAACAAGCCAUAGCAGUGCUGGUGAAAAGGUUUUGCGUUUACUGGUCCUUAAUAAAAUUAUAAAGAUUCAAAAUUUCAUAAUAAAUCAAAUUUAUUUAAAUACAGGUAUAAGCUAGAAGGGAUGCUUAUAUCUGGGGGUUUACAAUCAGUACUUGUUUACCAAUAGAUGACCUUAUAACUUGGAGAGGGUUAUAAGUAAUUGGGAAGGGGGGGGGGGAGGGGGGUGCCGUUUAUGGUAAGUUAUUGCCUUGGGACUGUCACCAAGAGUCCAUGAUCAUUUUUCUUGGUGAUUAGCUGCUGUCCAUAUCAUCAAGAUAUCCAUAAUAUUAAGAUUUCAGCAAUGCUGUCUCUACAACUGUAUGUUGAGUAGAAAAGGUAGAAAAGGGCAUUGUUUCAAUUUAAUCAAGCAUCAGGGCCAAUACAUGUAAUGGCCAGUUAACAGACAAUAUUCACCCAAGAUGACCAUUUGUCUGGACAAAUGAUCGGUUUGCCAGUCAUUUUAGCUGAACACUUAAGCAGGUGACCAGAUGAAAAAAUACAUUUCCACACCAUACUUUCAAGUGGACAAGUUUUUUCAAAUUUUAUAUUGUUUUUCCUUGUUUAGGCUAGUACAUUCAAGUUAUUACAGGGUUGUCACUAAGAUUUCAAGUUGCCGGGUAAACACAACAAGUAGGCGGGGAAUCAAACGGCUAGGGAUUUCUUUUGGUUCUAUUUUUCUUCUAUUUUCCAAUAAAAGUAGCCGGAGGCCACUCUCUUAGUAGCCGGGGAAAAUCCCCGUCCCCCGGCUCUUAAUGACAACCCUGUAUUAUCUUGCUAUUUUUAACAUUUUGAUCGGGCAGAAGAGAGACAUGACCGAGCUAAAAAUUCUUGGUAGAUCAACAUGAACUGAACCAGCAACAGUUCCAAAUUUAUGUUGAGCCCUGAACAUGAGAAGGAAUGUGUCAUCAGCUAUACAAAUGCUGAGAAGAGGGAAUUAAUCAAGGUGUCUUCAUAUUAGAUAAAACCAUUGGUAGCUACUCAAAUGGUAAUUAAUUGUUGAAAAAAAAAGGCUUGUCUGUUUGUGUUUCUUUUUUCUCGCAGAUCAAUGACCAGUAAAGAAAACUCAAAGCUUCCUCAACCCCCUGAUGGUACUACUUAUGUAUAG